GUAUACGGUUUUUUUUUUAAUCGGGAAACGACCCUCGCAGUGUUUGCCUGGCUUGGCAUCAUAUAAAAAUUGAAGCUCAUACAAAAGCAGCAUUUAGUCGGGCUUCGGCACAUCACAGUCCGAGUCAGAGAGUCACCACAAAUUAACAGUCACAUCCACGAAAGGUGUGUCAGCAGCAACAACAACAACCAAAAGACAAAAAGAACAGCAACAACAAGAGCGACCGGCAAACUGCAGCGGCGCAGCUUAAAAGAGGAAGAAGAAGCAGGAGCAGCAGCAACAAAGAGUGCGAAUAAAAUCAAAAUAAACAAGUGUCGCCCGAUAAGAUAACAAUUGAACAAUGACGCGAUUGGCAGUCGAACUAGCCACGCUGCUGCUGCUGGCCAUGGCCACCACAGUGUUGAUGCACGACAACAACAACAUGACCUCGUGGGCAGAUGACACCUUUAACAACAUACCCGAGCGCUUCGAUCAGAUGCAACUGUGGCGCAUUUACAACAUAACCGAUGCACUGCAGCAGAGCAUGCCCAUGGGCGAGCUGCUGGAACAGAAGUUUGGCGGCAAUGUGUGGAAGGAGAACUCCAAGUUUCUGGACAUAAGCAUAGCCAAGGAGCAGCAGAAGGCUGCGCGUAGUUUUCUCAAUGCGUAUCGUCUCGAGCCGCAAAUAAUACUAGACAAUGUCCAGUCGCUCAUCGACGAGGAGCUGCUGGGCAGCGUUCAAGCAGCGCAGUCCGCACCAGGCGCACGCACAAAGAAAGCAACGCGCGAGGGCAGCGGCAUGCACUGGAAUGAUUAUCAUGACUUGGAGGACAUCUAUGCAUAUAUGCGUGAGAUACGCGCCAAGUUUCCAGAUAUUGUGCGUCUCUACUCCAUAGGCAAGACGGUCGAAGGUCGUGAUCUGAAGGUUAUGCGCAUUUCAGAGAACCCACGCGAGUACAAAAAGAUUUGGAUAGAUGGCGGCAUUCAUGCACGCGAAUGGAUUGCACCGGCUACAGUGACUUUCAUACUGCAGCAACUGAUGAGCAAUUGGGAUAAGUUGCCAAACUAUUUGCGUCAACGCACAUGGUAUAUCAUGCCGGUGAUGAAUCCAGAUGGGUAUACCUACAGUCGCAAGGUGAAUCGCAUGUGGCGCAAGAAUCGUUCACCUGCAAAGCGAUCGCAAUGCUUCGGAGUUGAUCUGAAUCGCAAUUUCGACAUUGGCUGGACUGGCGUUGGCUCCUCGAACAAUCCCUGCAGUGAUACCUAUCGCGGCUCUGAGCCCGCCUCCGAGCAGGAGACCAAGGCCGUCAGCGAGUUUCUGAGCAAGCGCAAAUAUAAUCUCGAGGGGUACCUAACCUUUCACAGCUAUGGCCAGAUGAUUGUCUAUCCGUGGGCCUACAAGGCGGUCAAGGUCAAGGACGCGAGCGUGCUGCAGCGCGUCGGCAACACGGCGGCCAAGCGCAUAUUACAAAAGACAGGCGCCACCUAUCGCGCCUCUGUUACCCACGAGCAACUGGGCAUAGCCGGUGGCGGCUCUGACGAUUGGUCCCGCGCCGCUUUGGGCACCAAAUUUGUCUACACGGUGGAGUUGCGCGAUCGUGGCACCCACGGCUUUAUACUGCCGCCAAAGUAUAUAAAGGAAACGGCGCUCGAGGGCUGGAUAAUGGUCGAUACAGUGGCCGAGGCCAUGGAAUAAAUGUACUUUCAACUUUUCGCGUGUAUUUGUAUUUGUAUUGGUGUGUAUGAGAGCGAGAUAGAUAUAGAGCGAGAGAUCGAUUGAGAGAGAAUGGUUUAUUUAUGUAUGUCUGCGUGUACUUAGUACAUAACUUUAUGUAAAACUAAUAAAACAAAAUAUAUUUAUAC